GCACUUUCUUACACCCUUCAGGCUUGCUUCAACCGAACCAAACCACCAACAAGUCUAGACAUCCAAGUGUGCCCAGCAUGGCGAGCUUCUUGCGGGCGCGGCAGGCCGGCAUCCAGAACGACCUGUCGGCGGGCAUCCCUCCGGGGGCAUUCGCGCCAGACGAGCAAUCGCGAUAUGGCAUCAACUCCCAAAUCAGCUGUCUCGCGUACGACCCGAUCCAAUCCCUCCUCGCAGUGGGCACCUCCUCGUCCAAGUACGGCGCGGGCAAGAUCUACGUCUUCGGCGCCCACCGCGUCGUGCGCACCUUCUCCCACGCUCCCUCCACCUCCGCCAGCCCCAACUCGCUGCCCCCGUCCCCGCGCCAGCUCGCCUUCGUGGCGACCAACCGGCUGCUCUCGCUCGACACUCACAACGAGCUCUGCCUCUGGGACCUCGCCACCGGCCGCCUCGCCGCCCGCACCACCUACGGCCGCGUCACCUGCCUGAUCACCGACCCCGGGCUCGACUGGGCAUUCAUCGGCGUGCACUCGGGCGCCGAGGUGUGGGCGUACGACCUGGACCGCGAGCGGCCCGCCACCGGGUUCAGCCUGCCCAAUUUCUGGAAGGCCCAUGCUGCUGCUGCUGCUGGGCGCGGGGCGGCCGGGUUUGCCGUCGAGGAGCUGGUCAGCUUGCAGCUGCAUCCGAGGGAUAUCGGGAAGCUGUUGAUCGGGUAUUCGCACGGCGCGGUGGUGUACUCGUUCAAGCAGAACGAGGCGACCCGGUUCUUCGAGUAUGUGCUGCCCGCCGGGGCGCCCGGCGGGGACGGGCUGGGUAUGGACAGGGAGCGCAGGCCGCGGCUGGUGCGCGCCGUGUGGCAUCCGACCGGCACGUUUGUGCUGACGGCGCAUGAGGAUGGCAGUCUGGUGUUCUGGGAUCCGAAGGAUGGGAGGCUGGUCGCGGCGCGGUCGCUGUAUCACACGCGCGUGAAUGAGCGCGGCGGCGCGAAGGGGGCGCUGAAGCCGCUGCGGCUCACGCCGUUUGGGAAGAUUGCCUGGUGCUGCAAGCAGAACCCGGAUGAUACCGCGCUGCUGAUCGCUGGCGGGCGGGCGGUGGAUGACGAGCAGAAGGGCCUGACGUUCCUGGAGCUGGGGCCGACGCCGACCUACGCCACUUCGUCGUGGGAGCUGCUGGCGAGCCACUUCGAGGGGAAGCAGCGGCUGACGCUGCCGGUACCGCCCGGCGCCGAGGUGGCCGACUACUGCCUGAUCCCGAGAUCGUCGCCGUACUACGACGGCGCACAGGACCCCAUCGCCGUCCUGGUCAGGCUCACCUCGGGCGAGGUCAUCACCAUGACCGUGCCGUCGGGGUACCCGAUCAGCCCGACGAACAUGCUGCACCCGAGCUUGUCAUUCGUGCAUCCGUUCGUGCAGAAGAUCGCCAUCAGCACGAUGCCGCGGGAGCGGUGGCUGGGCAUGGUGGAGACGCGCAACCUCGGCCACCCGAUCCUGCAGGGCGGCGCGCCGGCUGCGAAGCGGCGACGGCCCGGGUGGGACUUCCGCAACAUCAUCCAGGUGGCGCACGCCGACAGCACGGUGCGGAUAUGGGACAUCGGCCAUAGCGACGAGAUUGAGAACCCCGCCCAGCUGCAGGUCGACGUCGCCCGCGCGCUCGACCGGUUCGAGGACGUCAGCGUGACGGCGCUCGCCAUGGGCGACGUGACGGGCGAGCUCGCCGUCGGCACGAGAUCCGGCGAGGUGGUCAUCUACCGGUGGGGAGGCAACAGGAACUUCGGCCGGGACGCGGCGAGGCCGUUGGACCCCAACCCGGGCGGGCUGACGGACAUCUCGUCGCGCGCGGAACCGUCGCUGAAGGAGGGGCUGCAGCCGUAUGUGCUGUACGAGAUGAUGCAGGGCCCCGUCAGCGUCGUGACGGUCUCGGACGUCGGCUUCGUCGCCUCCGGGUCCGAGGGCGGCUUCUUCAGCAUCAUUGACCUGCGGGGCCCGUCCGUGAUCUUCCAGGCGUCCGUGGCGGAGUUUGCCAAGGAGGAGAAGCGCUCGUCGUUUCUGAAGGGCCAUUCCUCCAAGGGCUCCGGCGCGACGCAGGAAUAUCCGACCGUCAUCGAGUUUGGCGUCAUGACGAACGAGGGCGACAGCUACUCCAGCAUCGACUGCUUCGUCGGCACAAACUUGGGGCGCGUCGCGACGUUCAAGAUCCUGCCGGCGGGUAAGUCGUAUUCUGCUGAGCUGGCCGGCGUCGCCAAGGUCGGCCACGACAAGGUGAUCGCCAUUUGCCCGAUGAACGCGGACAACGGGCAGCCUGCGGGCGCUUCAGGACCCGCCGUGGCCGGCCUGAGAGAGGGCAGGCAGGUCAAUGGUGUGAUUGUUGUUGUUACGCAAACCGAGAUCCGCGUCUUCAAGCCCGCCACGGCGAAGGGCGCGUCCAAGUCCUUUGACGACCAGCUCUGCGACGCGGCGCGCGUGACCGAGGUGCCCGGCCGGGGCGUCGCGCUCGUAGCGGUCUUCGGCGACCGCACGGUCCGGGCGUACUCGCUGCCGGGGCUGAAGGAGAUCGGCCGGGCCUCGCUCCCGAUGCUCGACCCCAGCCGGACGAUCUUGACGGUCAUCUCGCGCACGGGCGAGGUGCUCGGCUGGACCGGCCCGUCCGAGAUCGCCGUGCUGGCUGUCUGGGGCUCGGGCUCGGGCAGCGGCAAGGGCCUCGCGCCGGCCGAGGACACGCUCGUCAACCCGCAGCUGACGCUCCCGCCCCGGCCGACCAUCAGCAACCUGCAGUGGAUCUCGGGCACGCAGUACGUCAGCCCCACCGACCUCGACCUGCUGAUCGGCGGCGAGGGCCGCCCGCCGAGCAAACGCAUGAUGGCGGCCGCCGCGGCCGAGCGCGGGAUGGCCGGCGCUGGCGCCGGCACCGGCACAAGCCAGGAGGGCUGGGGCGAGUACCUCACGCGGCAGAUUAACGAACGUACCGCGCGGCUGAACUUGGUCGACGACGCUAUGAACCGGCUGCAGGAGACCAGCCAGGGGUGGGCCGAGGGGGUCGAUAAGUUUGUCCAGAAGCAGAAGAAGGAUAUGUUGCUGGGCAGUCUGAAGAAGUCGCUGUUCUGAGGGACAAGGGCGGGCCCCGGAUAGAUGGUGUAUGGAAAGGGAGUUAGUUGGUCUUUUCUCAUUGGCUUGGCGUUUCCGUGGAGCAACUCUGGGAGGAGAUGGCGUUCAAUGGAGUAGUAUAUGGUGGAUUGCUGGAUUUUGGAGGCCGGCUUAGAUUCUUCCUUCUUCAUGUGUUUGUUGGAACUUGGCAGCGUCCGUAUGUCAUUUCAAAGUUCUGGUCUCUCCAGGUUUUUCGAUUACGCUUGGAUAUCUCUAUCCAGUCCCUGUGUUGCAUCUACCAUUCUCUCGCAUCGCACGAUGGACAUCAAAGGUACCCGCCGCCGUGCAUCGGCAGCG